AUGGCUGCUCCCCGCGUCUUCAUCGUCCGCCAUGGCGAGACUGAGUGGUCACUCAACGGCCGACACACGGGCCGUACCGAUAUCCCAUUGACGGCCAAUGGCGAGAAGCGAGUCAUCGCCACAGGCAAGGCUCUCGUGGGCGACGACCGUUUGAUUGUUCCCCGACAACUAUGUCAUGUUUACGUCUCCCCGCGAAAACGAGCACAGCGCACGUUUGAGUUGCUCAAUCUUGGUAUUUCGGGUCCACUGCCAUGGCAUCCGCACGGCACCUCUGUCGGCGGCGGGCUUGAGUGCAAUGCCAGAGUCGAAGUUACCGAAGACAUUCGGGAGUGGGAUUAUGGCGACUACGAGGGUAUUACAAGCCCGGAGAUUCGCAGAAUGAGGGCCGAACAGGGUAUCGAUGAACCGUGGGACAUUUGGAAGGACGGCUGUCCAGGGGGGGAGAGCCCUCAAGACGUCACCGACCGCCUCGAUCGUCUUAUCGCCGACAUUCGUAGCAGAUUCCACGAGCCGGUACUGAAGCCGGCCGACGGCCAGCAACCACACAAAGUAUCUGGUGACGUCUUGAUCGUUGCACACGGACACAUUCUACGCGCCUUCGCGAUGCGUUGGGCCGGGAAGACGCUUCAGGAUGGCCCAGCAUUUUUGCUCGAAGCCGGCGGUGUAGGAACUCUGAGCUACGAGCACCACAAUAUCGAUGAACCGGCCAUUCUCCUCGGUGGAGCAUUUGUGGUUGAUAUCGCUGAGAAAGGAAUGCGACCCUAG